UACACCAGCAGCAGCUAGCUCGCUCACUCAUCAGUUCCGCUCUCGCCAAGCCAAGACAGAAAAACCCAACGGCGAGUGAUCGAGGCAGGAAAUCAAGCCGAUCAGGAUGUCGUCGUCGCAGCAGCAGCCAGCAGCAGAGGCGGCGCCGGCGCCGGUGAAGCUCAUCACGGCGUUCGGCAGCCCGUUCGCGCACCGCGUGGAGGUGGCGCUCGCGCUCAAGGGGGUGCCGUACGAGCUGGUCGUGGAGGACCUGGCCAGCAAGAGCGAGCUGCUGCUCGCGCACAACCCCGUCCACCGCUCCGUCCCCGUCCUCCUCCACGGCGGCCGCGCCGUCUGCGAGUCCCUCGUCAUCGUCGAGUACGUCGACGAGGCGUUCCACCGCGGGGCGGCGCCGCGGAUCCUCCCCACCGACCCCUACGACCGCGCCACCGCCCGCUUCUGGGCCCAGUUCAUCGCCGACAAGUGCCUGAAGCCUCUGUGGCUGUCGAUGUGGACGGCCGGCGAGGCGCAGGCGCGGUUCGCGAGGGAGACCAAGGAGAGCCUGGCGGUCCUGGACGCGCAGCUCGAGGGCCGGAGGUUCUUCGGCGGCGACGCUCUCGGCUUCGUCGACCUCGCCGCCUGCACGCUGGCGUACUGGCUCGACGUGCUGGAGGAGGUGGCCGGCGUGCGCCUCGCGGGGGACGGCGAGUACCCUGCGCUGCGCCGGUGGGCCAAGGAGUACACCGCCGACGAGACCGUCAGGAGGUUCCUGCCCGACAGGGGCGAGCUCGUCGCCUUCUUCGCCGCCAACAAGGAGAGGUACUCGUCGAUGGUCAGGGCGGCGGUGCAGCGGCAGUAGCUCCGGCCGUUCCAUCGCUGCGCCCGCGGUUAUGUCAUGCACUCAUGUGUUUCCUUCUCCUAUGAAUGCGUGUGAUGGAUCAUUUAUUUGAUGCUGGAGUAAUUUUUCGAAGAUUUGAAGUGUAUGAGCGUGUAAACAUUUGAAUUUUACUGUGUUUCAGAAAAAAAUAUUUGUUUUCAAACAAGGCAAAUAAAUUCGUAAUUUGUACAUGGAGAAUAAAAACCUGCUUCGCAGAAUUGCAA